GUUGGUGUCAGCAAUGAAUUCCAUCAUUUUGGUAUUUCUCUACCUUUAAAGAUAUGUUUACAUUUGGGGUGGGAUGAAGGUUCUGUGCAGGGGAGGGUGGUCAGGUUGUGCCAGGGUAUUGGGAAAUCCAUUUGUUCCUCACAUCAGCUGUUUGAGGAGGCACCAACCCAGAUGUCCACAGUUGCUUCUGGCCUUCCUUUACCCAUACUGAUGCACCUGUGCCUCCUUCCUGUUUACAUGGCCCAUUUGUGCCCAGCAUCUCCCUGCUUUGGAGCCACUCCAGGGUCUGGGAAGUUUUGUAGGCUUACAACAUACAGCCAUUCAUCUCCCCAGCUUGCUGCCUCCCUGAGACACAGAAGUAGAGAAGUAGGGAAGGACCUACCCUACCCAUGCCUUUGCCCUCUCACUUUCAUACAUCUUUCUUCCUACCCGGUAGAGACUGUUUCUAGUCUUCUAGGAAAGACUCACUCACUUCAAACCAUUUUCUUCCAAAUAGUUUGGCUUUAUUGCAAAUCGUCUCUAGUCCUCUGA